CGAGACACACUUUCUUCUCGUCCAGCAUGGCAGCCUUGUAUGAGGGAUACACGUUGUGCGGACUCGUACCUGAUCAAAAUCUGUCAAGUUCUGGCAUUCAGGGGAUCGAAGAGGAGAGAGACAGCGACCAUGUCAUCGUCACCGACUCAACUCGAUCUGUUACUUUGUACAAGGUGUCGGACCAGAAGCCCCUGGGCAGCUGGACAGUGAAACAAGGACAAGCGUUGACCUGUUCAGCAGUCUUCAACUCUCAGACCAAGGAAUAUGUAGCAGUGUCAGACCACAAGGUGAUCAGAAUUUGGAAGGAAGAAGACAUACUACUAGACAAGGCUUUCAAAGCAACCGUGUCUUCUGAUGUCUGGAUGGUCCACUGUGUACAUGGAGCGGAGCCUGUGGUCUUGUUUCAGAGAGGAGCUGUGAGACUGCUGGACUCUGUGCUUUCUGCUCCCCAACAGCCCAUCGAGGAAGUUCUGGCUCAAGAUGAGGUCAUCCGGUGGAGCACCAACAUAGUGGCAGCAACACAGCAGUUUGUCAUCUUCACAACUGAACAGAAAGGAGAUCAUUUCCUGUACCUGCAGAGACUGAACCCCAACUCUCUACAGAGGCACCGACUGGAGAGAGAGGAGCCCAGUCUCUCCCCACUCAGCUUCUCUGCCUCCUUCAGGGAUAAACACAUCUGCCUCCUUUAUCUGUACCCCAAUGGUCGUGUGUAUCAGAGUGUUAUCUCUGUCCGGGGCCUGGGGGCUGAAGAGGGGGCUCAGGCUCUUCCCCUUCCCCGUAGCCUGCUGCUGAGUCUUCCUGUUGGCGAAGGCCUGCUGGAGGCAGCCUCAGCCAUGGUCCUGGAUGAAGCCCAUGUAGCUGUUGUAGGUGUUCCACACCCUUCUGCUGGAGCUGGGAAAGACUUCCUCUGCAUCUGGAAUACCAAUUUUCAGACGCUUCAGGCUGGAAAGGAGAUGGCUGGUAAAAUCUACGGACAGCUGUGGAGUUAUUCCAACAAGGUAUUUAUUCCACAUGGGAAGACCCUCUCUGUUAUACCUUUUGAGUGUCCCAAGUCUUCUCUGGCAUCUGCAUUGGGAAAAUUAAGGCAGGCCAAAACUGAAGAGUCCAAGGUUUCAACUUCUGUACCAUCUUGGAAUAACAUUCUGCAUGGAGAAAAGGCUCAGACCACGAGGACAGUGGAGACCAGGAAGACGAGAACUACUCGUAAAACACAAUCAGCGCCUAGUUUAACUAUUGACCAAGUACUGGAACUCAUCAAGACCGCACCGGUAGCAGAGAUCCAGAAAGAGGUGGAGGGUCUCCUGUCCAGGGCAGAUCUUCUGGACCUACAGCCUUUGGUGGGACAGUUGGCAUCAACCCUUGUGACCCGGAGCCUAGCUGAUCCAGCUUUCUACUCACCUAGCACACUAGCACAGCUGGUCCACACUCAGUGCCUCUGCCACAGUGUGUGUCCUGAACUCGUGCUCCUUGCCCUUGAGAGGAAGGAUUACUUUCUCUGUCAGCUCUGCUUGCAGUUCUUCCCUGACAUCCCAGAAGCUGUAACUUGUGCCUGCCUCAAGGCGUUCAUCAGUAUGCCAGAGGCUGAGGCAGAGAAGACAAGUCUGGAGCCUGACAGCAUCUCCUUCAUGGAAACCAUAAUCUCACCAGAACGUAGGCAGGUCGGCUUGCAGAACGGUUUUAGUCCCACUUCCUUUGAGGAGGACUGCUCAGAUGCCACUGGUGGCCAUCAGAAGACCAAAGCAGAAGAUGAGAAGUCCACAACUCCACUGCAACAGAUUUGUCCUGUGGGAUUACAUAAGGCUGUUUUACUAAAUGAGGUCCUGCAAACGGCUUAUAGUGACACUUUCCUCCUCCCACACCUUAAAGAUCUGUCCUCCCAACAUGUUGUCCUUUUCCUCCAGUACCUGCAGUUUCUCUACCUGAAAUAUUCCCAAGAUGGUUUCCCACAAAUGCACGAAUAUAGAUCACCAAAUCUGAACCAGAUCAUGGAUUGGGUAUGCUUGCUGUUAGAUGCCCAUUUUACAGUGCUGGUGAUGACUCCAGAGGCUAAAGACUUACUGCUCAAUCUCCACACCUUUGUUAGGUCUCAGGUGAGACUGUUUUCUGAGCUUGGAAAAAUUGAGGGCAGCCUCCAAGAACUCCAUAAAAUGAAGACAAAGAGGGACGUUGGAGAAUAUUCCAUCGAAAUUAUUGAGCUAUUUUAAAGAGUGUACAGAAUACUUGUAUGAAAUCACUGAGAAUAUUGUCUCCUCUAAACAUUUCACUUGGUUUCAAGGUGGUCCCAAAUAAUAAAGUAAUAUUAUUAAGUGCUUUUUGGCACAGGUUGUGGCUUUUACUUACAAUAUAUGACAAGGAUUCCUGAGGUAAAUUAGGCAUUGAUUAAGUUGCAUAUGCCCUUGAGCCAUGUUUUAAACUUGUUUAUGCUGAUGAAAUUUUGUGUUUAGAUGAUGUGAUUUCUAUGUAUAAUUUACUGCCAAAGUGGUUAAUGGUGGGUUUGUAAAUUCAUGCAGAAAACAUGUGCCACAACAGUACAAUAGUAAUGGACUUUGAAGCAUGUGAAAUUUACAGUGAAAGACAUUUUUUUUUGUUGUUUUUUUGUAUGUGUCCUGACAGCUUUUUGUAAAUCUGUCAGUUGUGACUUUGUACUGGGUUUUCUACAUUAAAGCCUUUUAUGUUGAAUAUAAAGGUGAAAACUCUUAAUGCACAAGAGACUUUUUAAUAUUAAAAGAUGCUGUCGGA